AGUCUCAAGCAGAAGCCAGCCAUGUCCAGCAUAGAGCUCCUGCUCCUGCUCUUGCUGCUGGCACCGCCGCUGAAGCCCUCUUCAUUGCCACCCCUGGAUACCCCAGAGGGCAAGGCCACCAUCACAGGUCUCAUCCUUUCCUCAAUAGAGAGAGCCACCUCCUUUCUGAAGAAGAGACUGCCCGAAAUCAACCUGGACGGCAUGGUGGGAUUCCGGGUGCUGGAAGUGCAGCUGAAAGGCGUUCAGGAGGCGUGGGCCCAGGACCCCCAGCUGCAGCCACUGAGCCUGCGCGUGGGGAAGCUGGUGCGAAAGCUGGAGCCACUCCUCCACAGAUCCAUUUUCUACCUCAAGCUGAGUGACCCCCAGUACCUCAGAGAGUUCCAGCCAACCAUCCAGCCCGGGUUCUGGAAGCUCCCACACGUCUGGAUGGAGACCAACACCUCCAUGGUGUACUCCAAGUUUGAGCUUGAGGACUCCUUCUCAGAGGAACACAGCGACUUGUGCCUGGUGCAGCUGCUGGGAACUGGGACGGACAGCAGCCAGCCCUGCAGGCUCUCGGACUUUUGCAGGACACUCAUGACCAAGCCCAGCUGCUCAGGCUACUGCCUGUCCCACCAGCUGCUCUUCUUCCUCUUGGCUAGAAUGAAAGGAUGCACGAGAGGGCUGUUCCGCCAGAGCCAACACUACAUGAACCUCUUCUGCGCCAACAUGAUGGACUUGAACUGGAGAGCUGAGGCCAUUGGCUAUGCCUACCCGACCCGGGACAUCUUCAUGGAAAACAUCUUGUUCUGUGGAAUCAGCAGCUUCUCUGACUUCUACAAGCUCCGGUGGCUGGAGGCCAUUCUCAGCUGGCAGAAGCCACAGGAAGGAUGCUUCGGGAGGCCUGAUGCUGAAGAUGAAGAAUUAUCUAAAGCAAUUCAACACCAACAGCAUUAUCUGAGAAGAGUAAAGAGGCGAGAAAAACAAUUUGCAGAUGGCUGCUCCUCCCACAACACAGCCAUGGCCGUGGGGGCCCUGGGUGGCUUCCUCUACAUCCUGGCACGGUACCCCCCAGCAAACAGAGAGCUGCGGCAAGCCACACCGGCACCACCAACUGACAUGAACGGCUCCACGCCUGCCACCCAGGAAGAUAAAAUCCAUACCUUUCAUCCCUCCUUCCUGGAAUCCUAGGUCACACCCUGAGAAGGAGGCACCUGAGAGCAAGGCACCCCAGCUUCAUCCCCUCGAGGAGCAGGGCCUGGGAAGGAAGGCUGGGAUGGUUCCAGGCACAGCAGCAGAUGAAUAAAUUCAGAGAGCAGUUGA